GAAAAACCGAGAGAGGUGCAGUGCAGGUCAUGGCCAAGCGAAGUUUUGCCGACGAUUACAGUGAAGGUGCUCAUCCAAGAAUAUUGGACGCCCUAGUUCGAACAAACAUAUCCCAGCAAUCAGCAUACGGAAAUGAUGACUUUUGUGCGGAGGCGAGAAGUCUCAUCAGGCAGAGUGUCGGUACUGAUAAUGCAUCGGUCUUCUUCGUUACCGGUGGAACAGCCGCGAACUUGAUAUCCAUAGCCUGUUGUCUACGGCCAUAUCAGGCAGUCAUUGCUCCCACUACCGGGCACAUUUCGACCAAAGAGGCCGGUGCCAUCGAGGCCACUGGACACAAGGUUAUUCUUGCGCCUGCGAUAAAUGGCAAGCUGACGCCCAAGGCCAUUCAGUUGGCUGUCAGUGAAAACUCCAUGUUCGCACAUCAAGCCAAGCCGAGGAUGGUGUACAUUUCAAAUGCAACCGAGACGGGGACGAUUUACACGAAGAAAGAACUCGAAGCCGUUGCAGAGGUUUGCAAGAGUCUCAAUCUUAUCCUCUUCAUGGAUGGUGCCCGUCUUGCGGCCGCCUUGACAUCUCUGGCGAAUGAUACCGCAAUCUCCUUGACGGAUAUUUACAACGUCACAGACAUGUUCUGGAUUGGCGGCACCAAAACCGGCGCGCUGCUGGGUGAGGCGGUCGUCAUCAAGGAUCAGGCGCUCGCCGCAGAAUUUCCCUACCACAUGAAGCAGCAUGGAUCGCUGCUUGCCAAAGGACGAAUCCUAGGAGUCCAGUUCGCCGAGCUUUUCAGUAACAAUCUCAUUUUUGACCUCGCAAAACAUGCCAAUCUUCAGGCAGAGAUUUUGUCGGCCGACUUUAUCGAGAUGGGGAUCGAGUUGCAAUCAAAGACCGAGACAAAUCAGGUUUUUCCCAUUUUGCCAAAGACGCUGGUGGAUGUGCUGCAGCAGGAAUAUGUGUUUCAUAUUUGGGAACGUCUUGAUGACGGAAACGUGGUUAUCCGGCUGCUAACAUCAUGGGCUACAGAAUACGAACAUGUCAAGGCACUCAGUGCGCGGGUAAGACAGUUGAUUUGAGGGUGUGAUGUACUCGUAUGGCGUGGGUGCUAAAGCAACCUUGACUCCGGCGUGGAUACCUGAAUAUCUAUGCGACAUACAUACUAGAGAAGGAGGUCCCAAGUGUAGACUAGAAACUGGAUGGCCUCGCGGUGUAAGCCGAGUAUUGUGGAUGAGAAGCCCGAGUUUGGGGUCAGAAGACGCAUCGUUUCGGAAGACGCGGGUCCUUUGUGCGUUCUAUUCAGCAUUCCCAAUCCUGCAGAUCCGACCAGAGUUGUUGUGUGCGAAAGGGGGAAGUAUGCAUUGGGGCCUGAUUGGGAGAAGAUGAAUACCUG